GGGAAUCAGCGCCGCCGCACAUUUAACUCCGGCUCGAUCCUUCGAAGCUGAUCGCUCCCCCAAUAUUCACCACAAAGAAGUUGCUUCCGCCGCCAUCGCCGUCGCCUGCGCCGGCCUAGCUCCAUGCACCGCUCGCGGCAGCGCGCUCAGUUGGAUCCCAGCCUUCUCACAGCAAUGUCUCCUCAGUGGGACUCGAGCCUAUCCCCUCAUCCUGCUCCUACUCUGUUCACAACUAGCCUCUGGACGCUGGCCACUGCCACCCACGCAGAGCACGCCAACCUCAGGUGGUCUUCUUGAUCCUCGGAGACGACUCGUUGUUGCACGCCGGUGACUGAGGGGUUUUCUGUCUGAAAUUUGUGAGUUGAUUAAUCUCUCUUCUUGGCACACUAUGUUCAUCUUCUGGAUUGUACAAACAGUGGCCACGUAGUCCCAUUCUCUCUCUUACUGCUCGGUCUUGAGAACUUUACAGUGAGUAGUGUGAGCCAGUCUCGAACAACAUUACAACAAUGAUCUUCGUGAGUAGUGGUGCAUAAGGGUCAGUGUGAGCUUGCAUUCACAUGGUCGAGCUGAUUACCCUGCUGUUUGCUGUCAGCACCUACCCUGUUCCUUGAGGUCUUGGCCGACCCUUCCCCAUGCGAAUUUCCACCAGGCUCGCUUGUCGCAAGCAGCCGGUGGCUCAAUGUCGACUCUUCACACUCAUUGGUAAACUAAUUGGUUUGUGCAUUUGACUUCGUGCUACCAAAAAUCUGGGCCAACCGUCCACCACUUGUUCACCCAAUCACCCUGCUGGUUUAGAUAAGAAAUUAGAGGACCAAUUCUACUACAGCGACUGAGCACAGACUCACAACCACAAAGCUUCCGUUCUGGCGUCGUCGUCUCUGAUUGCUGCUCGGCAGAACUCCGGUCAAGCUAUUGCAGCCGAUUUGCCUCAAAAGUUUCGCCCGUCUCCCGGCACAGGCUCUGACAGGCUCCUCCAGCUCUGAAAAGUGAAAAACAUCAAUGGUGGUGCAAGGUGUUGCAUGGGGCUUAUCUGUCGCAGGCUGGAUCAUGUCGCCUAUCGUCUCCAAGCUUCUUGACAAAGUCUUGUCCUACUGCAAAUUCGACAAAGCGGAGACGCUUCGUCACCUGUUGACGGACGUUCUCCCUCGACUGGCGCUUACUCUUGAAGCAGCAGAGGCCAUAAAUCAUAGGAGACUCUUCGAGGAGAUGGUGAGGGGCCUCAAAUCUGCUUUCUAUGACAUGGAAGACAUCCUUGAUGAACUGGAGUACAUCCGUCACCAAAAGAAACUGGACAAACAGAAAAAUCUCCAUCAAAAAAGAGAGAAGAAAAGGCCCAAAGUUACUUCUGAUGAUGAAGCUGGCUCCUCAAACCAGGAUAUUUGUAUCCAGCCGAGUUUCAUUCUCCCAACAUCUUUAAAUGUUCGUUUGAAGCAUAACAUGGCCACCAUAGAAAAACUCAUUGUUGCAGCUCAGGGUAUUAUUGCACUGGCAAAGCCAGCAAGCAAGGGCUAUGCUGUUACUGCGAAAAAUAUACAUACACGCACUACUUCAGCUCCAACAGUAGUGGUAACUGGCCGAGAUGAGGAUCGUGACUGGAUAACAGAAAUGCUCCGUAAUACAAAAGAUGAUGUCAAUCCAAGCUCAAGUAACACUAAAUGUUUCUCUGUAAUUGGCAUUUAUGGCAUUUCAGGGUCUGGGAAGACAACCCUCGCACAACAUGUUUGCAAGUAUGAGGAAAAUAACGACUAUUUCGACCUUGUUAUGUGGGUUCAUGUUUCUAAGAACUAUAGUGUCAGUGACAUUUUCAAGGAGAUGUUUGAGUCAGCUUCAGUGGAUAAGGACAAAGCAUGCCCUACUUACAAUAGCCUUGAUGUCCUGGAAAAGGAAUUGGAGAAUAAACUAGAUGGCAAACGAUUUCUCUUGGUACUGGAUGAUAUCUGGUGCAAUAAGGAUGCGAGUGAGCAGCAGCUACCUAAGUUACUUUCUCCUUUGAAGGUUGGGAAGAGAGGAAGCAAGAUCUUAGCAACAAGUCGCAAUAAAGAUGCAUUUUCAGACCUAGGCCCUGGUGUGGCACGCACUGUUUUGCCAAUACCUGCCUUUGAUGAACAAGUCUUCUUGGAACUGUUUAUGUAUUAUGCCCUUGAAGGUGUAAAUGUAGAUGAUCCAGAUCAAAUAGAACUCAGAGUUAUCGGUUCUGAAAUUGCAAAGAAGCUGAAAGGAUCACCUCUGGCAGCCAGCACAGUGGGAGGGCAUCUACGUAAAAGACAAAAUGAUGUUGACUUUUGGAGAGAAGUCCGAGAUCGGGAUCUUCUGAAUGAGACGACGGGGGCCCUGUGGUGGAGUUACCAGCAUCUUGAUGAGCAGGUCAGGCGAUGCUUUGCUUACUGCAGUAUUUUCCCAAGGAGACAUCGUUUGAACCGUGAUGAGUUAGUCAAACUGUGGGUGGCAGAGGGGUUCAUACAGACUACUAAUGCAGAGCAGGACAUGGAAGCAGUUGGUCGGGAUUACUUUUAUGAGUUGUUGGCUACCUCAUUUGUGCAACCAGGAGGAUACUACCUAGGCAAUUCUUACUAUUUAGUCCAUGAUCUUAUGUACUACCUCCGUUUCAAGGAAUAAGGCGCACGCGCAUUCCAAGA